UACUUCGCAUUUCGGAACAUUUUGGAGAAAAUUCAGAUCAGACUUUUUUGCGCUCAAACGAAAAAACCCUCUCAGGAUUCGAUUCUCGUUGAUUUUUCUCUCUCUCCGACGAUGGCCGAGCAGCUCACCGACGAUCAGAUCUCCGAGUUCAAGGAGGCCUUCAGCCUCUUCGACAAGGACGGCGAUGGUUGCAUCACGACUAAGGAGCUUGGGACCGUGAUGAGGUCACUUGGCCAGAACCCAACUGAAGCCGAGCUGCAGGACAUGAUCAACGAGGUGGAUGCUGAUGGAAACGGAACAAUCGACUUCCCCGAGUUCCUGAACCUGAUGGCUCGGAAGAUGAAGGACACUGACUCAGAGGAGGAACUCAAGGAAGCCUUCCGUGUGUUUGACAAGGACCAAAAUGGGUUCAUUUCUGCAGCUGAGCUCCGCCACGUGAUGACAAAUCUCGGCGAGAAAUUGACCGAUGAAGAAGUCGAUGAGAUGAUCCGUGAGGCUGAUGUUGACGGUGAUGGCCAGAUUAACUACGAGGAAUUCGUUAAAAUCAUGAUGGCCAAGUGACAGAUCAAAUUCAAACAUGAAAAGAGAACCUGCUAAGAGGCCAAGAACCGAGAGAGAGGUUAGCGAUGAGAACUAUAUCAUCCUACUGGAACACUUCUAUCUAGGGGUAGACUUCUUUUUCGUGUUGCUAGGCUUCUUAGUUGGUUCUUCUGUUAUCUUAUUUUCUUGUUUGCAUAAUUUAUGGGUACUGUAUUCCGGUAUUGUUUGCUGUGUCUUUUUUUCUCUUUUUCCCAGUAGUUUUAGAUAGUGGAGUCUUCUAUUAUUAAAUAUUUGGUAUGUUCUUUUUGUGUUUGGGAAUAUCAGCUCAAGUACAUUUUGAUGAAUCCAUUUCUUUUUGCUCCUCAA